CCCAAUGUAUAUGGGUUCAGAAAGGGGCCAUCACUUCCCUGGAGUCUGGGGCCCCUUGGUUUACACCAUUGUCAUGAGAAUGCAGUUCCGAAGCAGACCGGUUCCGUCUGUGACAGGAAGACAAAACGGAACGUUGCCAUCUCUAUUGUCUUCUGGUCUUGUACAGAGACAAACAUGUCUGCCCGGAGACUGCUAAAAAACAUCCAGAAAUUAUGUUUAAAUUGUUGCAAAUGCUGUCGGGGGAGGAGGAGUAUUAAAAUAUACCCUGUAAGUCCUCCAAAGGAAGAUCUGGAGGCCUCCUCCUCCGAUGAGAUCACAGAAAUGGAGACCUGCCAUCCAGAAAGGCGGAGACGCCACAGACACAGAGAGGACUAUGUGGAAAGAAGUGCUGAGUUUGCCGAUGGUUUGCUCUCAACAGCAAUGAAAGACAUUCAGUCCGGAACACUGGACGUUAAUGAAGAAGGCAUACUUUAUGGCAUACCUCAAAAAACUUUACUUCUCAACUUAGAAGCCUUACCAGCAGCAAAGCCUGCAUCCUUUAAAAACAAAACUCGGGAUUUCGAUGAAAGUGAUUCUUACAAAGACAGUAAAGAAACAUGUGCAGUGCUGCAAAAAGUAGACUUGGGAGCAAAAGCUUGAGUGGAGCGCACAGAAAAAAGGAAACUCACUCUGUUUGAAACCUCAGAAUUAAGAUUCCCAACAGCUUCCAGUUACCUCCACCAGUUAACUCUACAAAGAAUGGUCACUCAGAUUAAAGAAAAAAAUGAAACUGUACAAUGUGGAAGAACAGGUCUAACUGUACAGCUAAAAAUUCCUCAGCUGAGAAUGAGUGUUUGUUUCCCAAACAACAGCCCGAUAGUGGCAGAUUUUCGAUGUUAUGUACCAUGUUUCUAAAACCUCAACAGUCUUAGAAGGAUCAGCUCUUCAAAAACUGAAAAGUAUACUCCCGAAACAGAACAAAAUUGAAUGUUCUGCAUCUGUAACUCAGUCAAGUGUCAACUCCUACUUUCUGCAUGGGGACCUCUCUCCUUUGUGUCUCAAUACUAAGAACAGAACUAUAGA